AUGGAUUGGGUGCAUUGUAACAAUUGUUACGUUCAGCCAGGUGAAUUAGAAGUAAAAUUUUUUAUAACGAACUGCGGUCACAUCUAUUGUGACAAUUGUCUGAAACUUAAUACUUCGGAAAAAUGUAUCGUUUGCCAAGUAAAAUACGCCUCGUUACCGCUCUCCUCGAAUAUGAAUUCAGAAAUAGAAAUAUAUUUUCACGAUCCCGUCAUAAGUUUAAAAAAACAGAUAAAAAUUUUGGAAUUUCAACAGAAUCACAGAAUUAGACUCCUUUCUUACAAUAAAGAAAAAUUGAAAAAUUUUAACCAGUUAGAAAAAGAAAACUGGGCUCUGAAAGAAAAAUUAAGUUUAUUGAAACAAGAGAAUUCUUAUUUAAAAAAUGAAGUUAAAAGACUGUUUGAAUUAUUAAAUCGAAGGAAUGACGGUUUUGAAGAUGAAAAAAAUCAUUUAAACUAUUCAAAAUCAACUCCUAAAAUUUAUCCCUUAAAUCAGUUACAAUCAAAACGAGUUGAAGAAACAAUUUUCACAAAUUUAAAUUUAUAUAAGUUUAAUAAUAAAUUCAGGGAAGACAACUCAAAAAAAAAUUCAUCAACAGAUUCUAAUUAUUUUAUUCUCUCUGAUUCUAACAAGUGUGCUAAAAAAAAAGGAAAUUCUAAAACCUAUACCUUUCCAGAAUUUUCAGGGUCAAGCAGUAAUAGAUACACUAAAAUAUUGACAUCAAACAUAAAUGUUAGCCCCAGAAUAAAAUUAUCACAACAAAACAAGCUUUUAGGAGAAAAAAUGAAACAUUUUGACGAAGAAGGCGGAUAUAAUUUGCCUAAUGUGAAGCAAUUAACCUUCUUAAGAGUUUCCGAACUAAUGGGUGUUAUAACAUAA